UCAUUUUUGAUAUUUUGUCCGUUAAAAUAAUAUAAUAUUGAGAUACUAACUAUUGGAUUUUCUGUCAAUUGUAUUCUAUUUUAGUAGCCUACAGGUUAUUUUGUUGAAUAAAACUAAUUAAAGUUAAAACCCACGAUUAAUGUAUUUUUGUCGCUUCGGUGCUCGUAUUGCUUGUAAGUUUCAAUAGUUUCACAUUCCAUAUUUAAUACACCAUACACCCGUACUCCAUUGUUCAUCUUUAUUCACUAAUCACUAUUCACUAUUCAGUCUUUCCGUCCUUCGUUUUCUUUGAACACUUCAAAGUUUCGACUAUUUAAAUACUUAUAACACGUUGCCAUUUGCCACACAAUAAAUUAUUAAUAUUUUAUUUAACUACCUGCCGUUAUAAAGCAAGCAAAAACUUACAACAUGUCUACAAAUACUUUUCGUGUUCGUAAAUUGGCUUCCGUAAACAAUGAGAACCCUAUAAAAAAUAUAAAGAAUAAUCUAGUUACAAAUCGCAAAAAAACAGCUUUGAAAGUGUUGACUAACACUGUACAGUCAACCAAAAAAUCUGAUGGCAAAAGUCUUAAACAAUUAAAGGUAUUGCCUAUGAAAACUUUUGAGACAGAAAUCAAAUGUAAAUCACCAUUACAAGACUUCACCUACGAUCAAAAUGAAGAAUUUAAUCAUUUUGGUUGCACAACACAGGAAAAUGAUGUCUUGCCUCCAAGUAUGACUUGUAACAUUGGAAUGCUAAGUAACUUUUUUGGUGGCAAUAAUAAUGACACAAAUGAUUGGUUUCUUGAAGACUACCAUAAAAUAAUGAUUCAUAAAAUUAAAGAUCAAUUUGAUAAUUUUGGAGAACCGGAAUUUGAAUACUCCUUUCCUUCAUCGCCAAUUAUGGAUUUUCCAGAAAUCAUAUUUGCUUAAGUUAUUUAAGAAUGUGGAUUUUAAUUUUUUUUUUGUGUGUGUGUAUUUAUUUAAAUUUAAUGGUUUUGUUCACAUCAUCUAAUCAAUAUGAUUAAUAUAAGUUUUUAUAUCCGUUAAAUGAAUAUAUAACAAUAUAAAUGACAAAGGAUUAUUUUCCUACACUGAUAUUUUUAAAGACUGCUUCUAUAGAAAAUAUAGUUUUCAUAAUAU